AUGCUAGCUUUAUCUCCUCCUUUGUUUUCAACCGUUGGAUGGCCUUCAGAGGAUCCCAUAGGUUAUGACCAGAAGUACUUCUACAGAGACAGUUCCAAUGAUCAAACUGCAGAGUCGUUCCUUCGUAUCCUUCCAUCUCAGCUGCCACAAUUUGAGCUCGAUCUUUCCACAACUAUCAGCGGGGACAAUUCCAGCGGUUCCACAGUGGCUAAGAAGCUUAAUCAUAACGCUAGUGAGCGUGAUCGUCGCAAGAAGAUUAAUAGCUUGUAUUCCUCAAUGCGUUCACUGCUUCCUGCAGAUCAAGCGAAAAAAUUAAGCAUUCCGAAUACAAUUUCGCGAGUGCUGAAAUACAUACCGGAGCUCCAAAAGCAAGUGGAGGGACUAAUUCGAAAGAGGGAGGAGCUUUUAUCAAGAGCUUCUAAGCAAGAAGAUGUAAUGCAUGAGGAGAAGGACAUAAAAAACACAGCUCCAAGCUCAUCAUUAUCUGCUGUUUCAACCUAUCGGCUUAGUGAUAGAGAAGUAGCAAUUCAAAUAUCUACCUUGAAGACUCACAACAAUCUAUUAUCUGAGAUAUUGCUAAAUUUGGAGGAGGAGGGGCUUCAAGUACUAAAUGCUUCUUUCUUGGAGUCAUCUGGAGAGAGGGUCUUCUAUAAUUUACAUCUUCAGGUGGAAAGAAGUUACAGAUUAGAAUGUGAGAAUUUAACCGAGAAGCUCAUGUCCUUCUAUGCCUGA